GUGGGUACUGACUGGCUACCCCUUGUAGUAGCAGUUUGGGGAGUCGAGUCACACCACCGAUGGUUUGAAAGACUUUUUGAGUCGUUGGUAUGCACAAGGGCACGUGCUCACCUUCUCCAUCUAAAAAUCUACUCAAGCCCUGGGUAAGUGCCCAUCGUCUAUAAAACAAUAAUGCAAUAAGUUUAUUCCACCUAUGCAUCUUUGUCUGAACGGUUGAAGGGUUCAAAACAAGCCCAAAAAAUCGAAACGGAAAAGCAAAAGUAAGGUACCCGGUCAAGAAAAGGAAUAUAGUCAUUGAAGCCAUGGCCAGCCAGACCGUAGGCAAAAAGACCGCUUGUGUCGUAGGUGGCACCGGAUACGUUGCAUCUUUGUUGGUCAAGCUGUUGCUUGAGAAGGGCUACGCUGUUAACACUACUGUCAGGGACCCAGACAACCAGAAAAAGAUCCCUCACCUCGUAACACUACAAAAGCUAGGAGACUUGAAAAUCUUUCGAGCAGAUUUGACUGAUGAAGGCAGCUUUGAUGUCCCCAUAGCUGGUUGUGACCUUGUCUUCCAUGUUGCAACACCCGUCAAUUUUGCUUCUCAAGAUCCUGAGAAUGACAUGAUCAAACCAGCAAUCCAGGGAGUGCUGAACGUUUUGAAAGCUUGUGCCAAAGCAAAAACAGUCAAACGGGUCGUCUUGACUUCUUCAGCCGCAGCUGUGUCUAUCAACACACUCGAGGGGACAGAUCUGGUCCUGACUGAGAAAGACUGGACCGACGUUGAGUUCUUAUCGUCGGCAAAGCCACCAACUUGGGGGUACCCUGCAUCCAAGACAUUGGCUGAAAAGGCAGCAUGGAAAUUUGCUCAAGAAAACAACAUCGAUCUCAUCACGGUCAUCCCUUCUCUCAUGACCGGUCCUUCUCUCACCCCAGACGUGCCCAGCAGCAUUGGCCUUGCCACAUCUUUGCUUUCAGGCAACGAAUUCCUUGUAAAUGCUUUGAAAGGUAUGCAAAUGUUGUCAGGUUCAAUCUCUAUCACUCAUGUGGAGGACGUCUGUCGGGCCCAUGUUUUUCUGGCAGAAAAAGAAUCUGCAUCCGGCCGAUAUAUAUGCUGUGCUGUCAAUUCCAGUGUUCCUGAGCUUGCUAAGUUCCUCAACCAAAGAUACCCUGAGUUCAAAGUCCCUACUGAUUUUGGAGAUUUCCCCUCUAAAGCCAAGUUGAUCAUUUCCUCGGAUAAGCUUAUUAAUGAAGGAUUCAGCUUUAAGUUUGGGAUUGAGGAAAUCUACGACCAAACUGUAGAAUACAUGAACGCUAAGGGGCUGCUCAAGUGAAGAGUCCGCCUAACAUUGUCCCUAAUGACUGUGAUGUUUGGUUGCUUAAGAUGUAUGCUGUCUUUUGUUAUAUUAUCCUAAUAACUUGAUGUUCUGCAAAUCAAGCAAAUACCAUAUGGCGAAUAUCAUUUGCUUUCCCAAAAGAAAAAGAAAAAAAAAAAAGAAAUCCAAAGUAUCCUAUUUAGUAUUGGAAGACCAAAAAUCAAAUCACCAACUGAAUCAUGGAAUGGGUUCUUGUGUACUUAUCAAAUGACUAUCAUACUUUCCUUCUG